GGUGCAAGCAGCGGUCGUCACCGCCAGCUCGACGUCAGCGCAGGAGAAGCCGCCAUCGCCCAUCGCUGGCACGCUGCAGGUCCAGGAAGGCCAGCCCAAGUCACCUAAGUCCAAUUGACCCCAUCACCCCGCAAGGCUGCGCCAUAGAACCCGGACGCGGUCAAGUCAACACGACAUCCCAGAUUUACCUAUCUCCAACUUGAACACCCUUUUGCUUAAUCUGGUAAUAGCUUCAUAGAGGGAGCUUGAUACCAACCGUCACAAUGCCGGCCUACAACUCCGUCUUCAAUGCCGACCCCUCCCCCCGCCUAAUCGGCAACUUCCCUCUCUUCCCGCUUCGCACCAAGAUCCGCGGGCCGACCUACCCUCUCCCCUUCCCGGACCCUCCGCUCGCCGCCAACGAGUCGCCCGACCCGGACUCGGAGUCAUACGACAUUCUGGACGAGACGCUAGCUCUCUUCCGCGCCAACACCUUCUUCCGCAACUUUGAGAUCCAGGGCCCCGCCGACCGCCUGCUGGUCUACGGUAUCUGGUUCAUCAGCGACUGUCUGGGCCGCAUCAAGCCGCACUAUGGGGUCAGGGAGGCGACGAAGGAGGUGAACAAUGCGGCGCUGGAUGUGAACUUUGCGUUGCCGGGAGAUCCUGGGUGGCCUUUGAAUCAGAUGUACGAACCCCCCCGCGACCGUCAAGACGCAGAAGUCCUCCGUCAGUACCUGUCGCAGGUCCGGCAGGAGCUGGCGCAGAGGUUAUUGGCGCGCGUGUACGACGACGAGACCGAGGACAAGCCGAGCAAGUGGUGGUUGAGCUUUACCAAGAGGAAGUUCAUGGGCAAGGGACUCUGAUGCGAUGCCUUCCCGGUUCAGAUGGCGUUGCAUGGAGUCGUUUAGCGCCAAAGUAUAAUACGUACUCUACACAAAUAAUAUCACAAGUUUCCUAGAGUGUGAGGGUAUGUUGAAGCGAGCGAGCAAGGCUUUCAGUUGUUGUUGUUGUUGUUCUUGGCUGGUCGGGUUCAAACAAGCAUAGACCGAUUGCACAUACAUUAAAACCCGAUCAUGAGCGACAUGGGUUGUAUCUCCAG